AUGAGUACUAGUCCUAAUAAAAAAAGUUGGGCACUUGGCAAAGAAAUAUUACUUUAUUUCGGUUCAGAAACACAAUUUAUUAAAGUAUUACUUUUUGUUUCUGGAAUCGAAGUAAACACAGAGGUGAUGAAAGUUAAGUCUUAUUUGGAAUAG